UGGGAGGGAGAAGCAGCAGCGGCGGCAGCGGGGCAGUUUCGAGAGAGAAAGAGAGGGGGGCGGUGGGUGGGAGAAAGAGGUUGGGAAGCGGGGGAGGGCCAGUUCGUCUUUUUCGGCGGGGGCGGUUUGUCUGCAGCCGGGAUGGGCGACUCCGGCGGCUCCGUCGUGUCUAUUGACGUCGAGCGCAUCUCCUUCGGCGGGAAGGAACAUCAUAUACAAACAAAACAUGGACCUGUAUCUGUUGCGGUGUAUGGUGACCCUGAUAAGAAUGCCCUUAUUACUUAUCCAGAUGUUGCUUUGAACCAUAUGUCUUGCUUCCAAGGACUACUCUUCUGCCCGGAGGCUGCUUCACUGCUGCUCCAUAAUUUUUGCAUUUACCAUAUAAGCCCCCCUGGACAUGAGUUAGGAGCCACUCCGAUUUUACCAAACAGUCCUGUGGCAUCGGUUGAUGAGUUAGCGGAUCAGGUUGCAGAAGUACUUGAUUUCUUUGGAUUGGGUUCUGUUAUGUGCUUAGGUGUCAGUGCUGGUGCAUACAUUCUUGCUCUCUUCGCAACAAAGUAUAGGGAGCGUGUACUAGGUCUUAUCCUCGUUUCACCUCUAUGUAGAACUCCCUCAUGGACUGAAUGGUUUUAUAAUAAGGUUAUGUCGAAUUUGUUGUAUUAUUACGGGAUGUGUGAUGUGGUGAAAGACUGUUUGUUGCAGCGGUAUUUUGGCAAGAGAGUGCGAGGAGGCUCUGCUGUACCAGAAUCUGAUAUUAUGCAGGCAUGUAGAAGUUUCCUAGAUCAACGGCAAAGCAUGAAUAUAUGGCGGUUUAUCCAAACAAUCAAUCAGAGACAUGACUUGACAGAAAGCCUGAAACAGCUGAAGUGCAGAACUCUGAUAUUUGUUGGUGAGAACUCGCAGUUCCACACUGAAGCUGUUCACAUGACCGCAAAGCUUGAUAAGAGAUACAGUGCUCUCGUCGAGGUGCAGGCGUGUGGGUCUGUCGUGACGGAGGAGCAGCCGCAUGCGAUGCUGAUACCAAUGGAGUACUUCCUUAUGGGAUACGGCUUGUUCAGGCCGAGCCAUGUAAGCUCCAGCCCUCGCAGCCCUUUGAACCCAUUCUGUAUAUCGCCGGAGCUCCUCUCGCCUGAGAGCAUGGGCGUGAAGCUGAAGCCGAUCAAGACGCGGGCCAGUCUCAGAGCGUAGGUGCAUAUAUGGAAAAAGAAGAAAAGGUUGGAGGUGUGAGGAGCUUUAGGCUAACCCGGCGAUCGGCGAUACUGAUGGUAUGUCUGCCUUAAUUUUGGUGUUGAAAUGGGGCGAGAUGUUGUAACUGCGAUGUAGAUAUAGAGAAGAGUUUUAGGGUGAUGAGGUUGGUUGGUUGGUGGUGGGUUCUAUUCCAUUGAUUCGUGGUAGUAUUAAACAUUUGUAAAUGGUCACAGAUUGUUUGUCAAAGCAAAAGGAAUAAUGAUGAUGAUGAUAAUAAUAAAGGGAGGCUGAUGAGCUGCUGUCCGAUUAGGUGCGCA